AACAUACAAACACUCACACAGACACACUGAGCUUCCAAACGAGUAAAACGCGGCACGUGGUCUAUGUACAGUACAAAGUGGCGAGUCAAGCCAUCGGCCUAACUGAGAUGGCUCAGCUUCAUCCUCCGCCCUCCGAUACAGCACAUCAACGGCUAAAAACUAAUCUUUAAAACUUAUAAUUCUUUUUCUCGUUUGCAUCUCUCGUCAGAUCAAUAAGAACACGUACGGCGACGAAGAAAGCAAAAGUGGCGAUCGAUAAUGCCAUCGCAACCACCAGUGUGAACGGCGUCUUCUUCCAUUUUUUUGUCCCUGGGGGGCAUUUUACAGCUACUUUGCUACUUAUAUCUCAGUCCGAAUCAGUGGCUCAACGCCUCACGGAUCCUCCCCCAAUUGUUUUCUAUACAUCAUCAUAAGCAGUUGCUCAAUCGACGCUUCAAUCGUUUUCCCACGCCGAUGGCUUUCCAUCUCGUUUGUUUCUUCCUGCAACUGCUUCUUCUGACGACAUUUCUGAAUUUCAGCUUUGGACGUCAUUUCAACGUCACGAGUAGCCGCAAGGCGAUCGAAAUCGGAAUAGGAAUCGGAAUUGGCGGGGGCGGGGGCGGCGGCGGGGGAGGCAGCCCGUCCCCUCCCGGAUCGGGCUGUCCCUGUACCCCUCCCCCGCCUCCCCCCUGCACUCCCAACGGGCCGAUAACACAGGCCUGCUUUCCGAACGUUCUGCUGUACAACGCCUACCUCGUAAUCCAGCGAUUCAGGGGAACCAUCACCUCCGACCCACAGGGCAUCACCAAUACGUGGGCGGGCACCGACAUCUGCAGUAAGACUUCCUAUCUCGGAUUCUUCUGCGAGACGCCGCCGAACCGCGUAAACACGCCGACGGUCGCCUCCGUCGACUUCAACGGAUACCGGCUCGGCGCCCCCACCGUCUGCGGAUUCGUCGACCAGUUGCCCGACCUCGCGCUCUUCCACGCCAACUCCAACAACUUCGGGGGCACGGUGCCCGACCUCAGCGGCCUGCGAUUCUUCUACGAGCUCGACGUCAGCAACAACAAGCUCACUGGCGCCUUCCCCGCCGACGUCCUCUGCCUCAACAACGCCACCUUCCUCGACCUCCGCUUCAACGGUUACGUCGGCGCCGUCCCCCCGCAGGUCUUCGUGCUCAGCAUGUUACAGGUCCUUUUCCUGAACAACAACAACUUCACGGGGCAGCUCCCCGCGGACCUCGGCCUCACCCCGGCGCAGUACCUCACUCUCGCCAACAACAAGUUCACUGGGCCGAUUCCCAGUUCGAUCGGCCAGGCGGCCAACACGCUCCUUGAAGUGCUCUUCCUAAACAACCUGCUCUCUGGCUGCCUCCCCUACGAGAUCGGCCUCCUGAAGAAGGCGACGGUGUUCGACGCGGGGACGAACCUGCUGACCGGCCCGAUCCCGCUCUCCUUCGGGUGCCUAAAGAAGAUCGAGCAGCUCAACCUGGCGGACAACAAGCUCUACGGCGAGGUGCCUGACGUGCUGUGCAGACUGGGGAGCCCCGGGGUUGGCAACCUGAUGAACUUAUCGCUGUCUGACAACUACUUUACGUCGUUGGGGCCCAGCUGCUGGGCUUUGUUAAAGAAAGGGAUGCUGGACGUGCGCAAGAAUUGUAUUCCGGGAGUUCCGGACCAGAGGUUGCCGGAGGAGUGCAAGUUGUUCCUAUGGCAGAAAAAGUACUGUCCGCUGAACACGUACGUACCCUGUCAGUCCCCGUGGCCGGAGGGUGCGGAUCAGCUCAAUUCCAAGGGGACGGCGGCGGCGCCGGAGACAAUGCCGGUGGCGGACGGGGGCCGCGAUCGGAGCCGGGCGUCGGGGUACACUACUUACUCUGCGCUGCACCAGAAUCCAAAGCCAUGAGAAAGAAGAGGAUUGGUUCGAUGUGGCUAUGCGUGUCAAGUUUAAUUCCAAGUGCAUAUGCAUUUGUGUGUCCAUUUGGCCGUGGUCUGAGUUUCAUUGCUCGUACGUUUCUCACUUCCACUACAAUUAUCCUCUGCUUUAUCUGCCUUGUCACUGUUUUUGCAUCAUUGUCUUGGUCUUCUUUCUUUCUUUUAUUGUCUCUGUUGUCUAAUUUGUCUGUCGAAAUUAAUGUGACAAAUGAAUAAAUCUUAGUGUUCCCAAGAUACUGAAAUAUCUUUGGAAGAAA